AUGAACCAAUUGUACGGUUUGUUGGGUAUAAGGAAGGCGACUUCUAUGAUUCACUGGCUAAGAAGGGGGAUUUCAAAAACUUUCCAACACAAUCCUAAGGGCAAGGCUAGAAAGCAACAUCUGCCUGUCUGGGCAUCUUGGACGUGGUCUGAGCCCUAUCUACCUCAAAAUAUGCACAAUAAUAUUCAGGCGUCCAUUGUGGCUUUGGAGGAACUAGGCAACUAUAUCAUCAAAUCCCGUGGUUGGGGUAUGAUUGUUGUCCUGGGCCUUGGACUCCUCCUUCGUGAGUGUCGCUGCGCUCAGGAGUAUGAGGCAGAUGAGGCUGGAGAUGAUGUGCCUCAAUAUUUGGGCGACUCCAUCCUUGGCAUAGAGGUAGGAGAUAAGGUUGAAGAGGCAAUUACCAGAAUCCAGGUGAAGGUGGAUGCAAUGCUUCCAGAUGGUAAUGAGAAGCAGAUGACAGUGGGGGAAGAAGUUCAUAUGAGGCGUCUGGAGAACAAAAGGCAGGUGAAAGAGAGGAGGGAGGUGGAGCAGGCAAGGGUGGCAGAGGAAAAGAGAGUGGCUGAGGAGGCUUGGGUUGUUGAGGAGGCUUGUGUUGCUCAGGAGAAGAAGGCUGCUGAGGAGAAGAGGGUUGCUGAGGAGAAGAGGGUUGCUGAGGAGAAGAGGGUUGCUGAGACGUCUCGGAUCACUGAGGAGAGGGCUGCCACAUCAAAGAAGGCAAGCAGUACUAACACUGGGGGAAAAGGGAAGGGUAAAUGCCCAGCAACAGAUGUGGAUGAUUCAGUCAUGAAAAAGGUGAAGACAUCUGCUCCUCCUAAUCCUCCUCGUCGCUCUGCCAGAGACAAAGUAGCUUCAAAGAAGUAUAAGAACUGA